AGCUCAGGAGCCGAGAGAGAGAUCACAGGGACAAGUCCAUCCCGCGAUCCGCCAAUGGCGUCCUCCGAGCUCACCUACCGCGGCCAGCAGGCGGCGGCGGCCGACGGCGCGCACGGCCCGGCCGAGAGCAAGCCGCGGACCAGGCAGCAGCUGCCGCAGCCUCUCCGGUACGUGCUGGGCGAGCAACGCCUCGUCUUCUCCUUGGUCGGCAUGGCCCUCGCCACCCUCGUCUUCCUCCUCCUCUCCCCCUCCACCACCACCACCACCUCCUCAAGCAGCAGCGUGGCGCACCUGGCGGCAGUGGGGCUGGUGUCGCGGCAGUACCAGUCGGGCGGCGCGGGGCGGAUGGCGUUCGAGGAGGGCACCGGCGGGGUGCGCCACGGCCGCGUGCCGCUGGGGCUGAAGCGCAAGGGCCUGCGCGUGGUGGUGACCGGCGGGGCCGGGUUCGUGGGCAGCCACCUGGUGGACCGGCUGCUGGCGCGCGGGGACAGCGUGAUCGUCGUCGACAACUUCUUCACGGGCCGCAAGGAGAACGUGGCGCACCACGCCGGGAACCCCAACUUCGAGAUGAUCCGGCACGACGUGGUGGAGCCGAUCCUGCUGGAGGUGGACCAGAUCUACCACCUCGCCUGCCCGGCCUCCCCCGUGCACUACAAGUUCAACCCCGUCAAGACCAUCAAGACCAACGUGGUGGGCACGCUCAACAUGCUCGGCCUCGCCAAGCGCGUCGGCGCCCGCUUCCUCCUCACCAGCACCAGCGAGGUCUACGGCGACCCCCUCCAGCACCCCCAGGUCGAGACCUACUGGGGCAACGUCAACCCCAUCGGUGUGCGGAGUUGCUACGACGAGGGCAAGAGGACGGCGGAGACACUGACCAUGGACUACCACCGCGGCGCCAACCUCGAGGUGAGGAUCGCUCGGAUCUUCAACACCUACGGUCCGCGCAUGUGCAUCGACGACGGCCGGGUCGUCAGCAACUUCGUCGCUCAGGCGCUGAGGAAGGAGCCCUUGACGGUGUACGGCGACGGCAAGCAGACGAGGAGCUUCCAGUACGUCUCCGAUCUGGUUGAGGGUCUGAUGAAGCUGAUGGAGGGGGAGCACGUGGGGCCCUUCAACCUGGGGAACCCGGGGGAGUUCACCAUGCUGGAGCUGGCAAAGGUGGUGCAGGACACCAUCGACCCCAACGCGCGCAUCGAGUUCCGGGCCAACACCGCCGACGACCCGCACAAGCGCAAGCCGGACAUCACCAAGGCCAAGGAGCUGCUCGGGUGGGAGCCCAAGGUGGCGCUCCGCAACGGCCUCCCGCUCAUGGUCCAGGACUUCCGCACCCGCAUCUUCGGCGACCAGAAGCAGCAACAACCAGACGGCUCCGAGUAGUGAUCGCCCGCCGUCGUCCGUCGAUCGAUGCACCGCCGCGCCGCAAGGCGGUGCCGUUUCAUCAUCUCGUUAUGUAGGAUGGAUUUGUUGAGGGGGGAAGAAGAAACAUGUGACAGUAACAGCAAGGAUACCGGGAAUGAAUGAAUGAAACCGGGGAAUAUACACCAUCAUAUCGACUGUGUAGCUUUUUAGCGUCUUGUACCAUGGGUGGAGUAGCUAGAUGGAUGCGCCAAGAGCAAGCCGCGAUCUUGACUAUGACCGUGCCCGAAAUUUGUUCCCUCGCAUUCUUCUAAUUUUACAUCAUGUUGAAAAAUUUCCAUGUUGA